CCCCCCCAACCCACCCACCACCACCAGCAGUUCUCAUCCAAAAGGUAAGCAAGUUUGUACCCUUUUUUUUUCCUUUCUUUGCUUUAUCUUAGUAUUCAAGUGAGAAAUCCAUGUUGUUGGAAGAUGGUGUUGUUGAGUACGUUGAGUAUUCUCCAAAGCUAACCUCCCUUACUUUAUACGUACUCUUUCAGGAUUCUCAUCUUCUGCUUAUCCUUCCACGGUAUUUUCCAUUUUUUUUUCUGUUUUUUAGAAGCUAUAGUAUCUGCUCUAAUCUCUUGGCUGUUUAUUGUGAUGUAUGUAUGCCAUUUUGAUCAAUAAAUACAUACCUGGGUUUAAUUAGAGGAGGAGCAUCAUGCCUUUCGGGUUGGUUUCAGCCUGGAACAAGCGCAGGAGAAGCAAGUCCGAGGAUCACAUUAAUCCUUGGAUAUAUAAACCAGUGGAAUUUUGGCAGCUUGAAGAUCAAAAUCCACCUGCAAAACGGCACCAUGGAUCAGCAGUUUUCACACUCAAGGAAAUGGAGGAAGCAACAUGCUCUUUCAGUGAUGAGAAUCUGGUUGGCAAAGGAGGAUUUGGUCGAGUUUACAAGGGUACUUUGCGGUCUGGAGAGGUUGUAGCAAUCAAAAAAAUGGAGCUACCACCAUUUAAAUUGGCGGAAGGGGAACAAGAGUUUCGUGUGGAAGUUGACAUCCUGAGCAGAUUGGAACAUCCAAAUCUGGUUUCUCUGAUAGGCUAUUGCGCAGACGGGAAGCAGAGGUUUCUAGUUUAUGAAUAUAUGCAAAAAGGGAAUCUGCAAGAUCACUUAAAUGGAAUUGGGGAAGUCAAGAUGGGUUGGCCUCUGAGGCUCAAAGUGGCACUUGGUGCAGCAAGAGGCCUUGCUUAUCUCCAUUCAAGUUCUUCUGUUGGAAUACCAAUUAUUCACAGAGACUUCAAAUCCACCAACAUUCUUUUGAACACCAACUAUGAAGCAAAGAUAUCUGAUUUCGGGCUUGCAAAGUUGAUGCCAGAGGGCCAGGAAACCUGUGUGACAGCAAGAGUGCUCGGUACUUUUGGCUAUUUUGACCCCGAGUAUACAUUGACAGGAAAACUCACUUUGCAAAGUGAUGUUUAUGCAUUUGGGGUUGUUCUGCUUGAGCUUUUGACUGGACGGAGAGCGGUGGACCUGAACCAAGGACCCUAUGACCAAAACCUAGUCCUACAGGUUAGGCAUAUCUUGAACGAUAAAAAGAAGCAGCGAAAGGUGAUUGAUCCAGAAAUGAGCCGGAGUUCAUACACAAUGGAGUCUAUAGCCAUGUUUGCAAACCUAGCUUCUCGCUGUGUCCGAAUAGAGAGUAUCGAGAGGCCCUCAAUGGCAGAAUGUGUGAAGGAACUUCAAUUGAUUUUCCAUACAAAUUCAAAAGGUUUAGGUAUGACCAUGCAUACAUUCAGAAUGGUUUAAAACCUAAAGACAGCAAAUCGUUUUCCAUUCAAAAGUACAUAUGGCAUAUAUUCCUUCACAUAAAGGCUAUUCUGUAGUCCGAAGGCUUUAGCCACCUAUAAGCUUGAUAAUGUAAUAAUUUGAUAAGGGACCCAGAAUUGAGUGACUUGUAAUGCAAUUUUCUGAGUAACUUAAAGAAUCCAGAAAAACUGGGCGAAAAUGAAUAAGGAUUCAACAUCAAAAGAAGUGAACAACGCAUGCCUUAUUCUCCCAGUACCUGAUGG